AUGAACAUCAAUGGCAAUCGGGAGGAGGAUGAGGAGGAGGAAGACGAGGAAUUCGAAUUCUCAAGAAAUUAUUUUCUGGCGAAGGAACUUCCCUCCUCGGCGAAGAAAUCAACACACAAGCUUACAGACAUCAACGUUGUUGAUGAACAGGAACUGAGGGAAGCCACAUUGCACAUUCAACCCAAGCAUGAGAACGAGAUCACCAACUUAAUCAAUUCCUACAAAACUAGAUAUCCUGAAUGGCUUCUCUCGCUAAGAUGUGGUUUCGCUCUUCUAAUGUAUGGAUUUGGGUCUAAGAAGGUUGUGCUUGAAGAUUUUGCUUCAACGGCAUUGGCUGAAUAUUCUGUAGUUGUCAUUAAUGGAUAUCUUCAGGCCAUUAACUUAAAACAGGUUGUGAUAGCUUUAGCUGAAGUGCUGUGUGAUCAAGUGAAAACUAAACGAAGGGCGAAUCCGCAGCAGCCAUUCAAUUCUCAGUCCAUGGAGGAUCUUCUUACAUUUUUGGAUGAAGCGGAAGUAGAGGACAGAGAUUGCUUUGUUUGUGUUGUCAUUCACAAUAUUGAUGGACCGGGAUUAAGGGACUCUGAAACCCAACAAUAUCUUGCUCGACUAGCUGCUUGUUCCCACAUUCGUAUUGUUGCCUCUAUUGACCAUGUUAAUGCUCCUCUGUUUUGGGACAAGAAGAUGGCUCAGACACAGUUCAAUUGGUGCUGGCAUCAUGUUCCUACGUUUUCUCCUUAUAAGAUGGAAGGCAUGUUUUAUCCUCUGAUUCUAGCACAUGGAGGCGCCAGCCAAAGUGUCAAAACAGCUGCGAUAGUUUUGCAAAGUUUGACACCCAAUGCCCAGAGCGUAUUCAAAGUUCUUGCUGAACAUCAACUCUCUCAUCCUGAAGAAGGAAUGCCAAUCAGUGAUCUCUACUCAGCCUGUCGAGAACGUUUCCUUGUUAGCAGUCAGGUUACACUGAAUUCUCAUUUGACCGAAUUUAAAGACCAUGAGCUGGUCAAGAUCAAGAGGCAUUCUGAUGGUCAAGAUUGCUUACACAUCCCUCUGGCAGCAGAAGCGCUUCAGAAAGUUCUGCUCGAGAUCAGUUAGUAAGGGGGAUUAUGAUUCAAAUGA